AUAAACUAUUUGAUUACACCAUGCUCAAGCCCUGUGAUUCACACUCUUUCAUGUGACCUCUUUCUCUGCCUUGUGACUUGCUUCAAUACCACCUUUCUUUCUUUCCCUUCCAUAUAUAUAUCUAUCCCUUUAUUUCUUCAACACAAAAUACAAACUUCAUUCCAUAUUUAUCCAUUUUUUUUUUUGCAAAAUCAAAACAUGAAGGAUUCGUUGCGCAACAUCGUGUUUCUCUCAUUGCUGCUGCUUCUUCCUCUUCACAUCUCUGCAAGACAUAUCGGCUUUCCACAUUCACGUCAUGGGCACCAUCAUCAAAAUCAAGUGACACCAUAUCACCAUGGAGCCACGGGGGUCGCACCAGGGAAGCAAAGAGCGGCCAACACGGUUCAAGUGCCUGGAUCAAGGCUGCCAGACUGCACUCACGCUUGCGGCUCGUGUUCCCCAUGUAAACUGGUCAUGGUUAGCUUCGUAUGUGCAUCCAUUGAAGAGGCUGAAACAUGUCCCAUGGCUUACAAGUGCAUGUGUAAAAACAAAUCUUACCCUGUUCCUUAAAUACAUGUUUCAUGUAACCCAUGUUCUUUCCAUAUGAUGUCAUAUACUGAGCAAGAUUUUGUUUUCUUUUUU